UCCUUCAUCACACUUCCUCCCUUUCACUUGAUUCAUUUAAUAACCUAAACUUAAUAAUGGGAGGUUGUGUGAGCAGUCCUAAGGAUCUUGCCUUGAACGAAGGGGAAGCCCCAGUGGAGGUUCCCACCGCGCCGGAGAAGGUUGAUCAGGGCGAGACCCAAGUUGCUCAGGAGAAAGCUGAGGAAGUAGUUGAGCAGAAACAAGAGGUUGCAGGAGAGGCUGUGGAAGCCAAGGUAGAGGUGGCUGAGGCUCCCGUUGAGACUCCUGAAGCAAAGGAAGAUGUUAAAGCUGAGGAACCAAAGGAGGAGAAGAAAAGUGAAGAGCCUCUUGUGACCCUGUAAAAACUAUGAGUUUGUUAUUGUAAUUAUCCUGAGCCAAAUUUAAUUAACUAUGUGUUCUAGGAAGUUGUAACAUCGUUGAGGUGAUUGUUUGAUUUGUAAUUGUAACACUUAUUGGAACAUAUGGUUUCAGAAAUAUAAUUAUUGUUUUUAAUAA